GUGGAAAACAGGUGAGACAGGUGAAUGGAAAACUACUGGUGAAUGAUGGAGCAGACUAUGACACAAAUGCUGUACAACUUCUUCGCCAAAUCAGUCGCCCAUGAUAUUUUCAUCAAGAAACAGAGAGAAAUGGAGCCAACUUCACAACCAGUUGAACUUGAAUGGAAGCACGCUGGUCAUGUCAAUAUACAGCGCUGGUGGCUAUCCGCAAAUCACUGCCUGCAGUAAAGGCAACAUUUACAGAGAUCAUGUCUCAGCCCAAUGCGCGGAGGAAAACGGAGGCCAGAGCGGUGAGUGGACUAAUUGAUGAGCAGUUUGUCUUGCUUCUUACGCUUUUCGAGGAUCUCUCCCGUGUCACAAAAUUCAUGUCUGACCAGCUCCAAUCUCCCAGCCUUGAGCUGUCCUCCGCAAUGGACUUGGCUGAUUCGGUCAUAGCGACACUGACAGACAGACGCUCAGAGAAGUCAUGGAGGGAAAUUCAGGACAGAGCAAGCGACCUGUGCACCAAAGCCAAUGUAAAUCAUAAUGAGACACCUGAAAGGAGACAUGCACAGCCUCCUCGACAUCUACAGGAGUUUGUUGUGGAAGCCCAAAUCGAACGCAGACCAGUUACAUCCCUAGAUGCGCUGCGCACAGAGUGUUUCUACCCAGUAAUCGACAGACUUGUGGUUGAAAUGAGAAGACGUUUCUCAACCGAGGCCGGUGGUGUCCUAUCCGGAGUCUCGGCACUCAGCCCCAAACAUGCAUCCUUCUUAGACAAUAAAUGUCUGCAACCCAUGGCCAAGUUCUAUGGAGUGACGGAAGAGAACCCGACCCCAGAGCUACACCAGGUUAAGCGCCUUCUGGAAAGAAAGAAACAACAGGGACAUGAACUGAAGGACACAGCGGAAUUUCUGGUUUUAAUGCGACCCUACAAGGAUGCCUUUACGGAUUUACACAGACUCAUAUGCACUUCCCUGACUCUGCCGGUGACCUCUGCUGGCUGCGAACGCAGCUUCUUCUGUCUCCGUCGCAUCAAGAAUUAUCUAAGAAACAGCAGUGGUGAUGCACGGAACAGCAACCUGGGCCUGCUGGCUAUCAAUAAGCAGAGGAGUAAGGCACUGGAUGUCCAGCGUGUCAGACAUUUUUGCUUCCAACCACAACAACCGGCAGAUCAUGCUGCUUUGAGAACGUCAAUAAAAUCGUCAUGGGGGAAACAUUGGAGAAAGUGUUAAAGUUGGCUGCCGGGGCGGCGCCUCCGUCCGUCACCAUCAGCCUCAUGCCGAGCUGUUACGACAGUCAGACUGUGUUAAGUGCUGUGGGAGUGUUGCCUUGACGACUAUUUUUUGUGGAGUGUUUCAAGCUCCCGUUGGAUUUGGGGGGUGGGCGAAUGAGUGUGUGUGUGUGUGUG